GGUUAAUGAUUAAACCAUCUAAGUUAAUACUAGUACUCAUCCUUGCCAUUGUCUUUAUUGUUGUGGUUCAGGGUGUGGUUACAAAAGAGACCGUUGGAGACAAGGUGUCUGGAAAGCCUAAGUUCAAGUACCUCUUCUUCAGAGAAGACUGUUUUGAGGAGUUUACUAGUUUCAAUUUUGCCUAUAAAGACUGUAUUUCAAUCACCUUAAGCAAGUUCUUCGGAUACUUGAUCAUUCUUGCAGCUACUGCAGUCAAACUGCCUCAGAUUAUGAGAAUCAUCAAGGCUAAAUCAGGUAAAGGAGUGUUGCCUUCUACCUUCUUUGCAGAGUGUGUUAUGUACAUCAUUAAAGGAUGUUACGCUGCACAUUUGGGAUCUUCAUUCAGUGUGUACGGAGAAAACCUCUUUAUGUUCUUACAAAGCUUCCUGAUUAUCAAUCUUUUAUGGGAUUAUGACAAAGAAUCUAAAAUCAUCAGUAGAAUUGCAACAUAUUUAGUUCUUUUCUCCUUAUUUGGAGUAUUAUACACAGAUAUUUAUCUGAACGAGUCAGCAUGGAAGGUGCUGAUAAACUUACAGAUAAUUUUCUCUCUGUACUCAAGACUCCCUCAGAUCUGGUUCAACUUCUCCCAGAAGUCUACUGGGCAGUUAUCCUUCACUUCAUUCUUUAUGAACGCUCUUGGAAAUUUUGUGAGACUUUUGACUGUCCUUAAGGAGAUCAAGGACCCAUUCUAUAUUUUAGCUUCUGUAAUUUCAUUUACUAUGAAUGCCACCAUUUGAAUUCAGAUAAAAAUGUACAGAUCCAAGGAAAAAGUUAAGGAUGACAGUGAAGUAGAUAAUAAGAAGGAUUCUUCAAAGGCCAAGAAGCACACUAGCAACGGAAAGAAUGGCAAAAAUGGUAAUUCCAAGCCAUAUAAGAGGGCUAAUAAGACCACCUAGGCUGCCUUUGAUUCUUAUUUCAGCAAA